GGGAAUGAUUCUUGUAAACACCUUAAAGAAGUGGUCAUUUGGCCUGAUCAGCUGUUUUAUGUGAAAGUGGAAGUUGUUUGUAGUGUUGCGACAGCAAAGAUUAAACUGUCGAUGUUUUAUUUUUGUCAGUUCGGCUGUGCUGUGACGUAAAAUGUGUUCUUAUUUACAUAUCUCCUGCAACAAUAAGUUUGUGAUAAGCUGAAGAACGGCCAAGAUUAUAGAUUUUUUUCUCGUAUUGUUGUGGUUUUGGGAAAAUGGCCCAGAUUUACAGUAAAUUGCCUCUCCCUGUGACAGGGACCAUAAAAACUACGUGUGUGGACUAUGUUCAUCCCUGGACGGACAGUUGUUUGCAAGGGAUUUGUGGGCUGUAUUUGUAUGCAAUUUUUGAUUCCUUGAGGAUAUAUGGGACGGUUUAUGUGUUGACUCUGUUGAUGAAAGGCCGUAUUCCGACAAAGGAAGAUUUGAAAAAAACAGUAUUAGGAAUUUUACAGUCGACCGCUUUUCUCAGCGGUACUGGAUUUGGGUACUCUCUAUUUUUAUGCGUUUUAAGGCGGCUUUUGGGCAACUUUAACAUCUUGACAGUGUCGGCAAUCCCAGCAUUCUUAUCAAGCGUAUUUUCGAUUCUAAUUGAAAGGCCUUCCCGACGCACUUUGUUGUGCCUAUACGUCAGUAAUGUCGCCACAGAAACCCUCUGGAACAUGGCCUUAUCGCGCAAAAUGGUCCGGAACGUAAAAUACGGCGAUACGGCCAUUUUUGCCGUCGGAAUGGCAGUUUUACUCAUGUAUUAUAAAGGGGGGUACCAUAAAGACUCAGAGGGGAAGGCUGACAGCAUGUUUGGAGUCUUAAGGUUUGUAGUGGGGCCUUACGAAGAAAAAGACUACAGUGCUAGGUCAAGCCAAGCGAGCACGUUUUACAGACAGCAAGUCCAAAACAUUCCAAAUGUUGGCUCGAGGGCGAAGUCUGGAAGUUGGCAUUCCAGCUCUCGAUCGAAAAACCCCGUUUUUCACGUCAUUACUCAAGCUCUCCGUGUUUAUAAAAAAAUCAUAUACAAAAUCAAGUGCUGUGAUAGACACCUAGCGUGUCCGCAUCCGUUCAGUUGUUUGUAUUAUACGAUGCAAGGCGUAGGGAAAAUGUUUAGCAUCGGUUUAGGGAUACAAGUGACUUUAAAGCUAGUUCUUAAUAUAAAGAAAGUCGUCCAGAGCCCGAGAAAUUUGAAAGCGAUCUUAUUUAGGAAAGAUACUUUGAACCUGGCGGUGUUCCUUGGAGGUUUCUCGGGUUUAUUUAGAGCCGUUUUGUGCAUUUUGAGGAGGGCCACAGGCAAGGAUAGCCCCUCUUAUGCCAUCCCAGCUGGUUUGAUUGCUGGAACUGCCUUUACGCGAUAUCCAGACACCACAGUAUCACUCUAUGUCAUGUGGAAAUUGGCCCAAAUAACUUACAUCAUGGGUAUCAACAAAGGAAUCGUGCCUCGAGUCCCGGGCUUCACCGAAUUUUUGUAUUGCUUCAGUACUGCCGUUCUUUUCCACGCAGCUCUGCUGGAACCGACAAAUUUGAGGCCUAGUUAUUGGAAAUUUUUACACUCGAUUUCCGGCGGAAGAAUCGCUUGUAUGAACCGGAUUCCGUUGGAUGCUUGGGGGCUCGGUACUUCUGAAUCUCUAGAACGUGUUCUAGAACUAACUAAAACACAAAGAGUCCUGAAAUAGUCGAACUAGGUCACGUGGUACUUUUGGAACUAGUCAAAGUGGGUGUUAGUUUGCAAAAGUUUCGAGAAUACUUACUUUAACGAUUAGGGAAUUUUUGACGCUGGUUGGUUUUUUAUUGAGGGUAGCACAACUCUUUUGUUAUUUUCUUUUCAUGUUUUUAAUAAAUGAGAUUUUUAUUGCAAUAUUUUAAUGAAAUAAAGUUAAACAAACCAAA